AUGUCGCAAGUACCGUUUGGUAAGCAAAAUCGUGCCAAGUUCUUUUCUAACAUUUCUAAGGAUGUGAUUCCCGUUAAUCACGGGGCUUAUGGAGUAGUUCCCGAUGAAGUUCUUGAAGCACAUCGAAAAGCAAUGAUUUCAGAAGCUUCCUUCCCUGAUAAAUACAUCAAUUUGAUCCACCCACAAAACUACAAAAAGGCAUUACAACUGGUGGCUACAGUCAUUGGCGCUGACUGGCACAAUUUAGCCCUCGUAAACAGUACUACGGCUGCUGCUAACUGUGUUUUAAGGUCCCAAACUCUUAUAAAACCGGGCGUUACCAUUGCUAUCACCUCCCAUUGUUUUGGAAGUAAUUUGAACACUAUAAAGUAUCUUAAUGAUGUUCAUGAUGUUAAAUUUGUCACCAUUAAUAUUUCCCCUUUUAUGCAACCAAGGGAAAUCUUGGACCAGUUCCGUGAAGCGUUUACUGGUAAUACCGCCAUUGAGUUUGUUCAUUUUGAAUUGAUACCCCUGGCACCGCCAUUCAUGAUGCCCUACAAAGAAAUAUUGGCCCUAAGUCGCCAAUUUGGAGUGAAAACUAUUGUUGAUGCAGCACAUUCAAUAGGUCAAAUACAUCUUGAUUUCUCUGAUGAAAGCUGUAGACCUGAUAUCUGGUUUUCAAAUUUGCAUAAAUGGUGCUAUGUACCUAAAGGAUCGUGUGUUAUGCAUGUUGAUCCCAAGCAUCAUGGAUCUUUGGUUCCUUGGCCCAUACAAUAUGGUCAUGAUAUACCCAUCAAUGAAAACACUUUAGUGGAUAAAUUCCAGUAUGUCAAUCUGAAAAAUUAUCCCAUUGUGGCAGUUAUUCCAACUGCCAUUGAAGUAAGGAAGGAAAUGGGGGGAGAAGAAGCAAUUAAUUCAUAUUGCUCCUCCUUGGCGGAAAAUGUUGGGAAGGAGUUAUCUAAUUUAUGGGGUACUAAAAAGGUGAUAUACUCUCCUCAACUAGCUAUGGUAAAUAUUCAAUUACCAGUGGUCCCUCUAGAUCCUUUGGAUCCAAGUAAUUCAAUGCAACUUUGGAUGUGUGAAAAAAUGUGCAGUAAGGGAACGUUUGCACCAACAUUCAAAGUUGAAGGUGAAUGGUACGUUCGUUUUAGUUGUCAAGUUUACAAUGAGUUAGAAGAUUUCAUCAAGACUGGGAAAAUUUUACUUGACACUAUUAACGAAUGGAAUUCAAACCAAAAAGGUGAAACUAUUUAA